CAGUGAGCUUGCAGUGUGAUAAUAUCUCUAGUGAUUGUUUUAACCCGUCUAAUGUUAAUUGUCUACAAUCAUAUCCUAGUGCACAAAACGUGACCCAGUCCCAAUAUUACAGCGACGUCUACUUCAAUAUUAUUAACAGGACGUUUUGCUUUACGUGUGUCAAAAACGACACAUCAGGGAGAUCGUCUAACAUUAGUGAAGUAAAUCAGGUAACAAAAAUAUUACGCUGCAAAAUGAACCAGUGCUCAUUCGAAACCCAUUGUGAUACAAUAGUGAGAAGCGAUUAUCUUGCGAAAACUCCCCCAUCUUUCGACCCAAUGAACAGCACCAUAAAGAGACUGAGCAGCCCGUUUCAUUUUAACGCUUCUUCAUCGGCGUUCGGAAAUAUUGGCCAUUUAACAACAAAAAACCAUGAAGAAUUAUCCUUGGACCUGUCACAUCAUUCCUACACGAUGAUGUGGCCUUCACGGUUCCUAGUCCAGCAUCAAGAUUUUGACACAAACGACAGUCAACCUGGACUUGACCUCAGGUCAUCACUGGUUUCAAAUAUGAGUUUAUGGUCCGAUUCUACCUAUUCUGAACCAAUCAACAGAAGCUAUGGUGCGCUGGGAACCAUGCUACCUGACCUGCCCACUUUGACCGGAAAACAUUUUCCGUACGUCGAGUCCAGCAACGUUACCGUAGGACAGAUCGUCCCCGACUACGACUUAUCCUUCUUAUUUCUGACACUCUUCAUCCUGGCGGGCGGUGGGGGUAACAUCCUCGUGUGUCUUUCUAUCUGCCUGGAGAAGACACUGCACAACGUCACCAACUAUUUCCUGAUGUCCCUGGCUGUGGCCGAUCUCUUGGUCUCGCUCGUGGUCAUGCCAUUCGGAGCCAUUGCUGGAUUUUUUGGCUACUGGCCGUUUGGACUGCUGUGGUGCAACAUCUACAUCAGUUGCGAUGUGCUGGCGUGCACAUCAAGCAUCAUGCACAUGUGCACCAUUUCCUUAGGGCGCUACAUGGGUAUCAGAAACCCUCUGAAAACUCGACAUAACAGUAAGAAGAUGGUUGGCUUGAAGGUGGUGCUGGUGUGGUGCUCGGCGAUGUUCGUCACGUCCCUCAUCACAGUUCUGGGCAUCGUUGAUCCACUGAACAUAAUGCCUUCGCACGACAUCUGCGCUAUCAACAACAGGGCUUUCUUCUUCGUUGGUUCUGUGUGCGCAUUUUUCGUGCCUAUGGUAAUCAUGGUGAUUAGCUACGCGCUCACAGUGCACCUCUUGAGGAAAAAAGCCAAGUUUGCCGCCGAUGUUUCAACGGGCAAAGCUCGAACGAUGGGAAGAUAUCGUUCAGUUAAGAGGAAAGCCCAAGUGAAUAAGAGGGCUGACCCUCGACCUUACCCUUACGACGAGCGUCUUGGUCUCAGCAGAAGUUAUGCCAACGGCUCAAGUUUAUUCAGCGUGGAGGAUCCAACGCAGGAGUCUCAAGGGCCCUCUACGCCGGAGUCCAUCGAGCAGGAUACGCGCAACUUCAGAAUGAAGGCUUUGCGCCUCCAGUUGGUCGGAUCAGCAGCGUGGCAUCUCCGGUUCCUAGCCACUAAAAAACGUGACGCUCUGGCAGCCAAUGCUGUCGCCACCGAACAAAAAGCUUCUAAAGUUUUGGGAUUAGUUUUCUUCGCGUUCUUGAUAUGCUGGACUCCAUUCUUCCUGUUGACGGUGUUCAUGGCUGCUUGUCCAGGCUGUUCUGUUCACCCGCAGCUCUCGAACAUGGUACUCUGGCUAGGCUAUGUCUCAUCUACUAUCAACCCUGUGAUUUAUACCGUCUUUAACAGAACUUUCCGAUCAGCUUUCAUCAACCUCCUGUGUUGUCGUUAUUCGUUCAUCAGUGGGCCCAACAGAGGGUUCUCGGGGUCAGAAAACCCUUGUGGAGGAGGACCCCAUGGUCCUCCCCCAACCACUUGUUCCAUCCACACGCUUUCUACUUAUGUUCGCAGUCCCACAUUCCCCCCUCCUACGACUCCAGCGGCUUCAUCGAAUCAGGAGCACAAAGUUUGAAUGGAAGCUCAUCUAAUCGUUGAGUCUGACCGAGAAUAUUCGAACGCCCAUGUCUGGCUUCCACGGAUAUAUUAUAUUAUAUGUUUGUCCCUAUGUCCCUUAUUAACCGUUACAUCUGCAGCAGGACUUAUUAUUUUGUGUGCAAAAACUUGCAUAACUUCUCAUUAUUAAUUUUGAAGAGAAAAGAGUUCACACGAUAGUUUGGAAGAAAAUGUGUGCCUGGCACUUUUUUGGUGUAAAUAAGAAAUUGUAUCGAAAUGAGUUAUGGAGGUCUAGGUUUCCAGUCUCUUACAACUAGUCUCAAUCACAAUCAGCAAGAUGAAAAUAAUUUUCAUCUUGCUUGAUUUUCGUCGUCAAUUAUGAUCCCAUUCGGAUCAUAAUUGACGAUCUCCAUGUUAUUUUAUUAAACAUUAUCUCGAAUCGGUAGAUGGAAAUAAAGAACCAUGUGUCCCACUAUAUAUACAUCCUGUGAAAGCAAACAAAUAAUACAAUAAUUACCUGAAAAUGCUGUAA